AUGGAAGUAGAUGAAGUGAAACCACUCUAUGUGCGCUCAUUGUCUUGCUUGAAAGUGGCUGAUAAGUUUGCAGCGGCGCAGAUAACCGAUAAGACGGGCGACACUGAACAAGACGAGCGCCAGUGCUGGGAACAGCCAAGCGCAGCCAUGUUGAAGGCAGCCUUAGCCCUAUUUCUGCUAUUUGCAGUCUGCUGUGCUGCGCCUUCCACGGCGUCUCGCAGGCUUCUUACACUCGAGGUCGAUGAUCGGAUUUUAGGAGGUGAGGUCGCGAACAUCUCCGACUACCCGUGGAUGGUCUCAGUAGAGUACUUGGAGGCUCACCGCUGUGGCGGCACCAUCGUCAGCUCCAACUGGGUGAUGACUGUUGCUUCGUGCAUCUGGGGCACCACCCCCAACAACUUUGCCCUGCGGGUCGGCACUUCAACGCGCGGGAGCGGUGGCACCGCGUACCUAGCUACCCAGUUGUUCUGGCACGACGAUUACGUUCCUGCCACAUCAGACAAGGACAUUGGUUUCUUCCAGACCACUGAUUCCAUAUCCUUUGAUGACAACGUCCAGGUACUGUGA